GUCGCUGUGUAUUGACGAGCAGCGGUAGGCGGUGCAGUGGCUGUUGGAUAUGGCGGCGCUGCUGAGGGCAUUGAGAAUUGGGCAAGCCCUGCGGGGCUUGAGAGCUGCACAAAGAAGUCAGUGUGAUGAAGUGAAGCGAACCUUUCAGACAGCUGCUGUGUUGAGGAGAGUCGCAGACGAUCCAAAACAGGAACAAGUCCCACCUUAUUCUUCUUCUUUUCAUCAGAAUUACCAGUCCAUGCAUCCUGAAUCAGAGUCUUCACGCCCCAACACCAGCUAUGCAGACCAACAUGGGGAACAGGCAGAGGACUAUGAGACAGAGGAGCAGCUGCAGAUCAGAAUGCUCACUGCUGCUUUAGAGUUUGUGCCAAAACAUGGCUGGUCAGUGGAGGCCAUUGCAGAAGGUGCACAGAUGCUGGGUCUCUCUCCAGCCGCAGCAGGGAUGUUCAGUAAUGGUGCCGGUGACCUGAUUCAGCACUUCGUAGCGCAGUGUAACAGCAACCUGUCCGAGAAUCUCGCCGAGCAGCACAAGCUAGUCCAACUCGGGCAGACAGAGCCCAAGAAGACAGAUGAGUUUCUGAGAGAUGCGGUGGAGGCCAGGCUCAGAAUGCUGAUCCCCUACAUAGAGAUCUGGCCACAGGCUAUGAGCAUCCUGUUGCUGCCACAUAACAUCCCUGAGAGCCUCAAACACCUCUCCACCCUAGUGGACGACAUCUGGUAUUACGCAGGCGACAGAUCUACUGAUUUAAACUGGUACACGCGGAGAGCUGCCCUGACUGGGAUCUAUAACACUACAGAGCUGGUGAUGGUGCAGGAUUCAUCUCCAGACUUUGAAGAGACUUGGAAGUUCCUAGAGAACAGAGUCAGUGAUGUCAUGAACAUGGCGAACACUGCCAAACAGGUUCAGUCAACAGGAGAGGCAGUAGUGCAAGGAAUCAUUGGGGCUGCCAUCACUUUGAAGAACCUUACUGGCAUAAACCAACGGCGAUGAAAUGGAUCUCCUGCUAUAUUCUGUAUAGCAGGCUUCUCCCCUUCUAAAAAACAUACACUGUCUAUGUCAGUGACUUCUCACAUUGUCCGUGAGGAUAGGUAAGGCUUAAUCGGAAGACAUCUACCAUUAUUGGUGAUUUAGUUGCGUUAAAAUAAAGUGUGUUAUGAAAUAGUCCUGUGUGGGAAAGGGCAGAUUACAAUUAAAAGAAGCUAGACUUCACAGGCAACUAUAUCAGCUGUUUGCAUUGGUGAUUCCUCGGUGCAUCGCAUCAGUAUGGCAGGAUAUCCCACUGAUAUAAUUCUAAUCCAAUGGCAGGUGUACUUGUCAGUUUCCUGUGUAAUUAAAAGCUUGCCACAUUCUGGCUGAACAUCAUACUUCCUUGUACUGUAAGCUUCCUCUGUGUUAAUGAGAACUGCAUGUGAAACUGCUGUACGGAUCUGUGAUGCCCCUCCUUUUGCAAAAUAUAGACUGAUUUAUGCCCUGUGGAAUACUGUCACAGGG